AAAUUCGGUUACACUCUUAAUAAUUUGCAGUGGGUGUUUGCUCAAAUAAUUUAUAGAAACCCGAAAACUUUAGUUAAAAGCCGCAAAUUAUUUUAUCUUAACAAUGCCGGCAUACCACUCGCAAAUUAAGGACUUUCGUCAACAGGUAGGCAACAUGGCCAUUCUACCAUUGCGUACCCAGGUGCGUGGACCAGCCCCAUCUACGAAUACGGAAAAUGAUAUUAUUGAUGAGUCACUUUAUUUCUUCAAAGCAAAUGUAUUCUUCCGGACAUACGAAGUGAAGUCGGAGGUGGAUCGAGUUCUAAUCUAUGUUACGUUAUAUAUAACCGAAUGUCUUAAGCGGCUGACACGUUGCACUAGCAAGGCCCAGGGUCAACAAGAAAUGUAUAGCCUAGCUAUUUCUAAGUUCGAUAUACCCGGCGAAUCAGGUUUUCCACUAAAUUCGGUCUAUGCCAAGCCUCAAAGCUCACAGGAUGCCGAUCUUAUGCGACAGUAUAUUUUACAGCUGCGCCAUGAAACAGGCAAUCGUGUGUUAGAGAAGGUAUUUAACACCGAGGAUGGCAAGCCAAACAAAUGGUGGACUUGCUUUGCGAAGAAGAAGUUCAUGGAGAAGAGUUUGGCCGGUCCAGGACAAUAAAUCGAAAUGUAUUUUAUUCCAAUGUCGAAUUGUAUUAUUUAGUAUCGAUUUUUUAUGCGAAUACAAUAACCACAUAAAUGUGUCUAUGUUA